AUGCUGCCGCCGCUGACUGACGACUGCGCGGUGGCGAUCCUGCGCCACCUGCGCCCGGGCGAGCUGUGCCGGGCGGCGCUGGUGGCCAAGUCGUGGCACCGCCUGGCGGCCGAGGACUCGCUCUGGGCCGGAUUCCUCACCGAGAAGAUACGCGCCCGGCGCGAUCCCACCCUCGGCGGCUGGAAGCAGUACUUCAAGCUGGCCUGGCGGCGAUCGAAGGUGGCAACGGAGAUGCUCACCACCGAGCAGAGCUACGUUGGGUCGCUCCGACGAGUCGUCGAACUGUUCAUCGUGCCCCUGCGGGACAAGGGCAACGAGCAGGUGAUCCUCGGGCUCAACAGUUCGCUGUUGAGCGAGCUGGAGGAGCGGAUGGCCCAGUGGUCCUUCGACCAAUGCCUCGGCGACAUCUUCAAACAAUUCACGUCGUUCCUCAAGGUGUACACGUCGUACAUCAACAACUUUGACAACUCGAUCACCACCCUCGCCAAGCUCAAGCAGUCCAAUGCCAACUUCUCCGCCUACCUCUCGUAUGCCGAGAGCCGCAAGGAGUGCAACGGGCUCCAAAUCAAUUCGUUCCUGGUGAUGCCCGUGCAGCGCAUCCCUCGCUACGUGCUCCUGCUCAAGGACUUCCUGAGGCACACGCCGGAGGACCACGACGACCACGCCAACGUGAACAAGGCGCUGGCGGACAUGCAGCAGGUGGCGGCCUACAUCGAAAAGAAGAAGGAGGAAGCCGAGAACAUCUACCACAUCAUGGCCAUUCAGGACUCGCUCGUCGGCAAGUUCAAUACGAUCGUGGUGCCGGGGCGUAAGUACAAAUUCGAGGGAGCUCUGAGCGAGGCGGUCGUGUCGUCAAAGCGGACCAAGCGGAAGACCGAGGGCUACUACUGCUUCCUCUUCAACGACCUCUUCGUGGUGGCCCGGCGGAAGGGCAUCAUCUCCCACAUCAAGAAGAUCACCGCCAAGCGAUUAAGACCAGGGAGCAAGGGGUCGACGUGGAACAACACGGCACUGUACAGUACACCCUUCGGCUCGCCGGAGUCGACGGACGGCGUCAAAUUCGAUUUUGUCAAACAGAUCCCCAUCUCGGCCACCACCACGACCAUCGGCCGCGUGUCCGCCGAAGAGGCUGCCGAGUUUGGCAUGGAAGUUGAUCUCUGCUUCAAGGUGGUCUCGGCCGAGGACGAAGAAGCAGAACCGCCCAUCUUUGCCGCCCCCAACGAGAAAGAGCUCAGCCGAUGGCUGCAAGCCUUCGAGGGCUGCAUUUCGUGCAUGACCCCUCGAUCGGCCGAAACCUACAUCCGAAUUGAACGAAGCCGGUCGGCAUCGACCGCGGAGGAGCCGUCGGCCAUGAAGAAGAAGCGGAACUCGGCGUCGUACGGAAAUGCCAAGAAGCCGUCCUUCCUGAAGCGCAUGAGCGUGGGACCCUCAGCCUCUUCCUCCCUCAACAUCAUCUCUCCUCCGUCUUCCCCUGCCGUCGCCCCAGCCGCCAGCGACAGGUCCGCACCAUCGAGCGACGCCUCGUCCACAUCCGCUGAGCCGGCCGCCGGCAGUGGAAUCAAAAAGAAGACCAAGAAAGACAAGAAGCUCAAGGCGUCCGCCUGA